AUGAGCGACCCGUUCUACCUCGCCGACAUCUUGCUGGGCCGCGUCGGCGUGCUGCGCUCCACGGCCGACAGCAUUAUCCUUGAGCUGUGCGAUGCGCAGGCCAAGCUGGAGCCGUCGAAGGCCUCUGACGACGCGUUGCGUCUGGCCAUCAAGAACAAACUGGAGCGCGUGCAGACGAAUCUUAAGCUUCUGCGCAAGCUCGUGCCCGAGUUUGAUGGGAAGACGAAGCCGAUUGAGAGCGUCAACCAGACACAUCGCAACCUCAUGCUCGAGUACCACUGGAAGAAUCAGGUGCAGGACAUGGGUGCAAAGGCGCAGGCCGUGUACUUGAAACAGCUGGGCGGCGCCUUCCCCCGUCUCGAGAUGCUGGGCGACGUGCGCUGUCCGCCCAUCUGCUGCAGUUUCUUCGUGCCCAAGUCCCACAAACGGAGCCGGGUGUUCGACCCCUUUGGCGAGAAGCAGCCGGCUACACUCAAUGAGAUGAUGGACUACAUGAUGGCCAAGAACCGCAAGCUGAAGUUCUUCAAGCACGCCGAAACUACUCGAGGCGGUCGUCGAGUCAUCAAGUCCAUCAAGUGCGAGAUCAACAAGGAGGUGACUGUACAUUUGUCCUUUUGCCCACCGAUUCCAGAAAACGGACCGAACGGAGAGACUGGCGUGGCUGCGAGCCCCAUGACGCCAUCGACACCAACGUCCCCAGCCUUUGCCGGGGGCCGUUUGCGCAGCGCUCGCAAUAAGCAAAAGAAGCUGCAACAGCAGCUUGUGAAGAAGAAAAAAGGCGACAUGCUGACAAAAGCCAAGCUCGCUGCCGAGGAGGCCACGAAGAUGGAGAUGGAGGAGCUUAAGCAGCGAAUUACAGAGGUGCGCGAGGCCAGCAAAGAGCAGGAGCAAGCCCGCGCUGCGGGCCUGCAGACCACAAAGUACAUCCAGCGGCUAUCCAUCUUUCCUUUCAACGAAGACGCUCCUCUUGGCGCGUGGUCCGAGUCAUCACACAACCUCUUCCGCCUCGUCACGCUCCACGGCCGCAAAGCGUUGGACUACUUCCGCAAGCAGCACCCGGAGACAUGUUUCUACCAUCUUUUCACCUGGCUCAGCUUCUACGACAAAAUUUAUCAGACACCGUGCUCGUCGUGCAAGAAGCUUCUCGCGAAAGAGAGCGAUGAGUGGGUCUAUGUGCCUCCGUCUUUCCGGGACUACGCGAACGGACAAGCUUUUCACUCGAAGUGUCUACCUGUCGAUUGA